AUGUCGCUCAACAGCGAAGAAGAUGAGGCAGAACUUGUUCAAUUGCAGCCUCGCUACAACGGCGAAGACACCAGCGCAACCACAAAUCGAGAGCUGAAUGGCUGGUACGCGUAUCCAAUCGCAGCCGAAGUCUUCGCUGUGGUUGCUGUUGCACCAAAAGCUGUGUCGACCAUGGCGGAUCUCGCCGGAUGCGCGCUGAAGACGGUCUGA